AUGGCAGAGGAAGGCACGGUGAUCAGUGUCCGCACCGUCGACCAGUGGAACGAACUGUUUGAGCAGGCCAAGGCCUCCAAGAAACUGGUAUCUUCUUCUGCUUUUCCUGUCUGUCUGUCGUUUCGUUCGGUCUUCCCUUGCCGCUUUGCUAGGUUGUCUAGGUUAUUGAUGUCGAAAUUUCUUCGUUCGUACCGAACCGCUCGCAGAAUUAAAUCCUGAUCCACAAUAUCCUAUAUCAGCUAUACAUCCUCCUCGCAUUUAUGCCGGAGACGUAGCCAGUGCUAUAGCUUUGGUCCUGGUCCUAUUUCGUCGUUUCUUCCUUUUGUCUAUGCAAAGGAGUUUGAUCGGCGAAGGCCGUCGGCAUCCUGUUGUUCCGUUUUCAGUACGAUUUUUGCUUCCACUUGUGAUUAUUGAAUGGUCUAUCCGACGCAAAGUAUGUGUGAUCCGUUGGCGCGUGAACCUGUUGGCAGAAGAUUGCGCGUAGUCAGAAUCCGUUGUCUCUUGGAUGGAUCAUUUUCUGUGCAGCAUGUUCACGAUUUACGCAUCUGUUCAGGGUUUUUUUUUUCUGUUCUUCGCUUCUUUUAUUGACGUAUUCUCGUUCUUAGAUAGAAGCGGGAAGUGUAUGUUGAUUGAUUUUAGAUUUUUAUCCAAGUAUCAGUGUAAGUUCCUUGCAGAGACAGAGGUUUGAAGGGAAGUGUGAGAAUAGAAAUCACAUGACUUUUUUGUUGGCUUAGGAACGACAUCGGCCCAAACUCUUUUUUAGGGUACCUUAGAGGCGAGGAACUAUCUACCCUAUUUUUUCAUCAUGUCCAAUGAACUCUGCUGCUUCCACUUCAUACGUCACUGGGUCAAUUAGUAUCUUCUGGUAGUCCUUUGCUGCAUCUCUUUCAUUAUGUGCUAUGGUUGCCUGGUUCAAGGCACUAUCGACGUGGCCCACUUAAACCCUCCAACACAACGUGGUUUGUUACAACUGUUAUGCCGUGGAUCACUGGACAUCCUGGCAUGUGUCUAACACGCACUAACUCAACUCUCUUCUGUAUACCCAGAGACUUGAGGCAUGAGGCAGCGAGUUCGUGGAACAUGAAUGAGAAGAGGCUAAAUACAUGCCUUCAUAAUAAUGGAUGCAUGUUCUCAAUCUUUUACUUGCAAACUGAUUCCUCCUUUUAAAUCCAACCUUCUCCUUCAAUGGUCGAAAGAGAGGGAUAUCUUGGUUCUGUAGCCCCAACUCGACCAAGUCAGGUUCAAAAUGUUCGUAUUUAUUUAGCCCGUUUUAGUGAACUUCGUAGGAUUAAAUUGGACCCUUUAAUCCCUCCACCACCAGUGUAAGAAUGAAAGGUGUGACUGCUUCUUGUCUUAACCAUUGCCUUCUGAACUUUCACGUUCAUUCUUCUACACUAGCAAUUGCAAUCCAGGUCACGUUGUGUUACACGGCAGGGAUGAAUGACACACUGCUAAAUAUCAAGAAACUCUCACAACACAAGCACUUUGUGUACCAACAGUAGUUAUGAUUUUCAAGCUUUUUAGUAGCUUGAAAAAUAAAUUAUGAUCCAUCUUGGUUCGGCCUCUUUUUUGUAGAAAUUAAAUUGCCAACAUCUAAUCCGAAUCAGACCAGACUCAGAAAGCAAAUAUUGGACGCCGUCCAGAUUAUGUAUUUUACCUCGUGCUUUGUUCUCUUAUUUGGAAAGGCAUCAAAAUUCCAAAACCUAAAAUGGCAUUGGCAUUCGGGAAAAUCUCGUUUGACAUAUGGUUUGGAAAUCUUACUAACUUGAUUCCGAUAUUCAGAUAAAAUCAGUGAUACUAUUUUCAGAUAUCGUUGAAUCGUUCAAAUAUUCCAUGGCCUCUAUUUUUUAGAUUCAGAUCGUCCCAGUAGCAUUUCACUGAUUUUCUUGCAAUCCCUCUCCUCCUAAUGAAUGGGACAAAGGUGGUGGUCGACUUCACGGCCUCCUGGUGCGGACCCUGCCGCAUCAUCACUCCCAUCCUUAUGGAACUGGCCAGGAGAACCCCCCUUGUCACCUUCCUCAAGGUCGACGUGGAUGAUCUCAAGGUAGAGUGACCUCCCCCUUCCUUCCCCCGUUCUUUUGCUUCUCUCUGUCUUCUAACAGCGUAGAGUGAUGAACCCACAGACGGUGGCGGAGGAGUGGGGGAUUGAGGCGAUGCCGACCUUCCUCUUCCUGAGGGAGGGGCAACUGGUGGACAAGAUGAUCGGUGCAAAGAAGGAGGAACUGCAGCAGAAGAUCUCGCAGCACCAGUCGGUCGUGUGA